AAGUAGUCAUGGGCAAUCGAAGUGCCCAUUUUAACGCAUAAUGCACAGUGAAACCUCGCUUGGAUAAUUGAACAAAAACUGCAUCACUUUUUGAAUAUGCUACAGAUAAUGUCACAAGAAGCUAUUAUUGAUUCCCAACAAUUUUUUCACAUGCCUAUGCUAGGACGAUGCCGUAGUUUCGAACAGUUCCGCUAGUUGAUACAGUUAAGAGUUUGUAUGGUUCCUAAGAAUUCUGUUAGACGUUAUAAGACAAAUUCACAGUGACGGAAUUGAAUGAACUCUGGCGCAAAGCAACAAUGUUCAGACCCAAUUUCAUUUAUGACUGAUCGAUAUCGCAAAAAAAGCCACAACAAUAUAAUUACUCGAAUUUCGAUACAUUUUGUGACAUGGCUAUUUUGAUACAGGAGGAAAGAGGCAGGAUAAAGUAAUAAAAUUUACAAGUAUUAUGGAUUGGUUUGAUAUCAAUCGUUAGAGUAAACCAAAAAAAGAAUCAAUUAAAAGUUAAUUAUAUAGAGCAAUUUGUGAUGCAAGACAAGUUUCAUUACAGUUUUUGAUAAGCAAAGCUUAAAAAUUAUUUCAAAAUGCCGCAGUCGUCGCUCGGCAUUUCCAAAACUAGCAUAGGAAUUGAUGAAAAUUAUCAAGUCGAUGACAGUCGUCAUAAAUUAGACAAAAAGGUUAAAAAAAUUCGACAGAAAAGUAGUUUCCGCAGUAUUGAGAAUCAAGAACGAAUGGCUGGCGGUGCAGAUGAGAAAGAGGAUGAAGUUGAAAGCAAAACUGGCAGAACUUCACCCGAGUCAGCUUCCUCGACUACAAGUCAUGAGAAAUCUGCACCCGCCGGAGGUGAUGGGAAAGUAACAACUUCCGGUGGACCAUGUUGCUUUUGUGCAUCAUUUUCAUCAGGCUCUACAGGCGACAAAAAGGUAGAUGAUAUGAUUGACUACGUUGUUCAAAACCUUCAGGAAGCUGGUAAAGCUCUAACGAAUUUGGGAGAAAACUUUGAACAUGAUUUAAAGUUAAUGUUCGUAGACAUAAUGGCACGCGUUCAGCAUUGGGUCAGCAUUGUUCAAAACAGACUGGAUGCAGCAAAAUCAGAUUUAGAAGCUUUGCGAAAGGAAUUGAUCGCCCGUGCUUGUGAUCUUGCUGCAAAGGAACGAGAGCUGGCAGAAUUGAAGGCACAAUUAUCUGAAUGCGAGGCGAACAAGAUUGCCUGUGAAAAAUCCUUGAAGGAGGCACUGCAACAGAGAUCCGUCCAUCUUAAUGGUCCUCAGCAAACAUCGAUUCAGACUCAACAACAAGAUUAUACUGAUACAAAUACAGUGACACCAGCUACUCAAGUAUCUGUAGCACCUCCGCCGUCUCUUGUUUCGUUCGAUCCUACACAAUCAUCGAUACCUCCAGGAACAACAAAUAGUCAUAUAAUUUCUUAUACGCCAGGAGGUACAACAGAAGCUCCAGAUCAAGUACCUGGCGAAUCUCCAGUUUCUUUGGGUACAGUUUGUCAGCUUGGAAAAGAACAAGCAAAAGCAAAGCGAGAAUCUGAGCUCGAAGCGGAGUUAGCAAGGCUUCGCAAAGAAAAUGAAAGGAUAAUGAAGGAACGUGCCGAAUAUGAAAAUGCUAUACAACGAGCCCUUUUAAGGGGUGUAUCAUCCCUUAACGUAGAAGCACUUAAGGUACUUCGAUGUCCACCAAUACCUUGUUGCACCCCGUGCGGACCCUGUCAAAUGUCAUCGGCCAACGAGUACACAGAUCCAACCGUUCCCUGUACUCCCAGGAAUAUUAAGAACAACUCCACAUCAGUUACACAUAAAGCAGCUAAUGCAAUGCCAAGGAGUGGAAAUGCUAAUGGCAGAAAAAAUGGAGUGCAUUCUAUUUGCACUACGCAAACACAAGGGUAUUCUCCAAUGCAACGACCAUGCAAAAGCGCAUGCACUUCAAGUGCCAGGAGUAAAAACGUCCCGGAAAAUAAUAUGGUCUUUUUGCUACAUGAAGCAGACGUUGGAAAUAUUUGCACGUCGAAUUCUCCUACGGUUUCACGCACCUGCGAUCGCUCAUCAGAAAAAAAUGUUGUGUGCACAGGAGGAAAGUGUGGAAGAUCCAUGGGAUCCAGUACAAAGGAUAAAUUUUCUUGUGUUUCCAAAACAUGCGAAAAACGUACAUCUUCCGUGCCUGCUCGUCAUAAAAGUGAAACUAACACCGUUUCUUGUAAAAGUUCGUUCAUCAUGAUUCAUAAGAUUUUUAAAUAUUUCAUUCAUCUUUUAUACGUUUUGUAGAACCUGGCCGAAAUGGGAUACCAAGAGUAGACGACUUUUAAAAUAUAAGAUCAUUGUUAUCGAGCAUAUGUAAAAUGUUGCAAUUAUCUGGAUAACCGUCAUUAUCGUUGAUAAGAAAAGGGCAAUACGACCGUGAAGAGUAUAACAACAUGUUACACAAUAUUAAUUUCCGAUUUUAUAUUUAAUAUACUAAUUUUAUAAAUGUAAAAUAAAUGAUCAAGUAUCCUGCGAGGAGAAGCUGUGAUAAGAGUUGGACUGGAUAAUAGGCUGGUGGUUGCAUGUCAGAAUGAUAAAGCAGAUUAAAAUAUAAAUAUAACUUUA